AUGUCAUGUGCUAGCAUCGACCAACUCCCCGAUGUUGCCAUUGCAAUGGCCAUGGUAUUCGCAGAUUACGGUGCAGCGCCUCGAGAACCCAGUUGCCCUGCUGCUCGGUAUACGUGUGUAAACAAGAGAUGGCAUUUCAUCUAUCAAAAUGCCUGUGCAAUGCGGCUGUUCGCCACCAAUCCACUCCGGCGUAUCACGCACUGGACGAUUCGCGAUGAGACCCCAGGGGGUAAUCCAGGAGUGGGCAAUUUGGCCGAAACCAUUGUGGAUGGUUGGGUUCCUCCUCGCGGCUCACGGACACCUCGCUGGUGGACUUCGGGCUAUGCUUUUCGAGGCGGCAGCUGGAGCGGCGAUCCCCAAAGAGAUUCUCGCGGCGGUCCAUUUGAUCUUUUGCACGGUUGUCCAGCUCCGUGUUUGCACGUGACCUUUUCUUCUUCAAGGCCCGUUACCGUCCGUGCCAUUGCCAUUGCAGCUCGCAAUCGCCCUCGCUUGAUUCGUGUCUGUACUGGCGUUGAUCAUGACGGAUGUGUGGUUCAUAUCCCACCUCCCAGCUUGCAAGACAGGCCAGAAACCGGGCUAUCCUUAGCUCCUAUCCAUUCUCAACAGUAUAUGCAGCUCGUGGCAUUUGCACUACCACAGGGAAAGCCACCCAGCCAAGAAGCCUUGAGGUGGAAUUCGGCACUCCCCGUUGUUUUGCCCGAACCACUCCAUUGUGCGACGGGGGAGCUGAGAGUCUACAUUCUACAGAGCCACGAAUGUGGAUGGGUUGGCAUCAACCAAAUGGCUUUCUUUGCUUGA